UCGUCGCCGCCUCUUACGACCCCAAUUGCAGCCAAACAAACCAUUUUUCCCGUUCGAGUUGCAGCAAAAGAAACCAUUUCGGGAUGAAGUAGAAUGGGAAGAACAAUGGUCACCAUGAAGGAAUCAGGAAAGAAGAAUGACCAAGACCAAGUUGUUCUUUAGCUUCGUUGUAAUUUUUGCAUCAAUACCUCGUACCCACACUGCAGACACUGUAUCUGCAAACCAGAUCAUCAGAUAUAACGAAACCAUCAUUUCGCCGCUAGAAACCUUCGAGCUUGGUUUCUUUAACCUUGGUAACUCAACGAACUAUUAUGUUGGAAUAUGGUACAAGAAAAUAUCCACCAGAACCGUUGUAUGGGUAGCCAACAGGAACACACCACUCACUAGUACCUCUGGUGAGCUAACUCUCACCUGUCAGGGGAUUUUAAUUCUCCGCGAUGCCACCAGGGGCAAUGUCUUAUGGUCAUCAGAGAACUCAUCAACGACGUCAGUGAGGAAUAAUCCGAUUGGUCAGCUUCUAGAUACAGGAAACUUUAUAAUUUACGAGGAAGGUGGAGGCAUCAAUAAAGAAGAUCCCAUCUGGCAAAGUUUCAACUUUAUGACAGAUACUUUACUUCCCGGAAUGAAGCUGGGUAGGAAUUUGGUUACUGGUAUUGACAGACACUUCACGUCAUGGAAAUCCCCCGAUGAUCCUGCUUUCGGUGAGUUUUCUUAUGGGAUUGAAACCAGAGGUUACCCUCAGCUGAUCCUAUUAGAAGACCAGGAUAUAAAGUUCCGGGCAGGUCCUUGGAACGGACUCAGGUUUACCGGAGUCUCUAAUCUGAAACCAAAUCGGUUUUACAACUUCACCUUUGUUGUGAACCACAAAGAAAUUUACUACCAAUAUAAUCUUAUAGAUACUUCAGUUAUUACGAGGCUGGUGUUACAACCAAAUGGUCGUGUAGAGCGCCUCGUAUGGGUCGAUAGCAAACAAGAAUGGAAACUUUAUUUGGCCAGACAAAACGAUCUCUGUGAUCAAUACGCGAUGUGCGGGCCAUUUGGGAGCUGUGACAUUGUCAAGUCCCCUGUUUGUGAAUGUUUGAAGGGGUUUGAACCCAAAUCUCCUGAUCAGUGGAAGAUUACAGAUUGCUCACAAGGGUGUCGACAUACUAUCCCUUUGGAUUGUAACCCCAGGGAAGGGUUCAACAAAUAUUCAAAUUUAAAGUUACCCGACACUCGGGGGUCAUGGUAUAACCAGACCAUGACACUUUUAGAGUGUGAGCAGAUGUGUAAAAGAAAUUGUUCGUGUACUGCUUACACAACUUUGAAUAUUUCAGGGACUGGGAGUGGCUGCUUGCUAUGGUUUGGUGGCCUAAUUGAUAUCUGAACAAUUUCUGAAAGUGGGGACACUCUUUAUAUACGAGUGUCAGCUUCAGAGUUAGAUAGUAAAAGAUCAAGUGCAGGGAUAAGAGGACAAGUUAUUGUCCCCAUCGCAGUUGUAGUUUUGGUCUUACUAGUUGCAAUAUGCUUAUUUUGUCAUUUUAAGAGGAAGAAGCAACAGCAACAAGGGACACAAAGCAGCGAUGAAGAUCUAGAACUACCACUAAUUGGUUUGUCUACAAUACUUAAAGCUACAAAAAGCUUUUCAAUAAACAACAAACUUGGAGAGGGCGGUUUUGGACCCGUUUACAAGGGUGUACUCGAAAAUGGGAAGGAAAUAGCAGUGAAGCGGCUAGCAAAAACAUCCACCCAAGGACUUCACGAGUUUAAGAAUGAAGUCAUCUCGAUAUCUAGACUACAACAUCGCAAUCUUGUUAAGCUCUUGGGCUGCUGCGUAGAAGGUGCCGAAGUGAUGCUGAUUUAUGAAUACAUGCCAAACAAAGGCCUGGAUUCUUUCAUAUUUGAUAAAACUCCUAUGGAACUCGUUGAUUGGCCAGCACGUUACAACAUUAUUAUUGGAAUUGCACGUGGACUUCUUUAUCUUCACCAGGAUUCUCGGCUCAGAAUCAUACAUAGAGAUCUCAAAGUCAGCAAUAUAUUGCUUGACAAGGAUAUGAAUCCAAAGAUAUCAGAUUUUGGCACAGCUAGAGCAUUUGGUGGAACUCAGACGGAGGCAAAGACAAACAAAGUGGUUGGAACAUAUGGCUACCUGGCACCAGAGUAUGCAGGAAAUGGUAUCUUUUCUAUACAAUCGGAUGUAUAUAGCUUUGGCGUAGUAGUGCUGGAAAUUGUGUCUGGGUUGAAAAACAGAGAAUUUGUCCACAAAGAACACUGCAACAACCUUACUGGACAUGCAUGGGUACUCCAUAAUGAAGACAGAUCUUUGGAAUUAGUUGCCAAGUGCCUAGGUGAAUCGAGCAAUGUGUCUCAGGUUUUACGAUCAAUCCAUGUUGCUUUGCUGUGUGUUCAACGUCACCCAUAAGAUAGACCGACCAUGACUUCUGUGAUCCUGAUGUUGGAGAGUGAGGGUCAAUUGCCUUCACCCAAAGAACCAGGUUUUUAUGUUGGAAAAGCUACACAAGAUACGACAAAAUCUUCAAGCUUAGAUAAACUAUGGUCUAAUAAUGAUCUUACCAUUACAGUGUUGAAUGGUAGAUAAGCUGAAAGUGAUAUGUAAUAUACAAGAUAUUAGUCAAACAUCAUCUGUAUUAACUUACUCACUCUCACCAUUCCUUCAUUUAAUUUAAGUUGUUCAAUUUCACUUCC